UCUUCUCUGUAUUGUUGCACUGCAUAUUCGUUCUGUUAUAGAAAGAAUUCUCUUUUUGUCUGACAAGAUCACUCCCCUCACUCCCCACCUGUCCUAGUUCUAAGCUCUAAGUCUCUAACCCAUUAUAUAUAGCUCCCUUUCCAUAUCUGGUCGAUCAAAUCUUUGUCUUCUUACCUUUUGUUUUCUUCCUUCGGUGUCUUUCUAUACGUUUUGGCUUUCUCUGCCAUGCAUACUUACGUAGGAGAGCAUAUACUUUUUCGUUGAGCUGUUAGAAGCACUCAAUAACUCGUUGAGAUCUUAGUUAUCCAUAUAUCUUUACAUUACUUUGAGCAAAGUUAGGACUUAGGAGCAAAGGCUCAUUGGUAUUUGCAGUAUAUUUGCUGGAGUACUUUAAUUACCUCUGCUAAUGAGCAUCAGUCAUGUCGUUCUUUCCUCAUCUGCAUAAAUUAGAUUGAGUACUCUAGCUUCUGGACUCAGUACUGAUCAUCCUGUCUAAUGCUCCUAACCAGACCAAAGUCUUAACAAGCUUGUCUUUAACAUUUUAACCUGCAAGGUUCUGCUACCAGAUUCUUUUCCAUUUUUUUCUCUGAUUUUCUUGCUCAAGAAACAUGUCAGACAGUACCAAUGGUGAUCAAGCUUCUCCGGGCGUCAGCAACCCGACUCUUGCUACUGGCCUUCUCCUUCGAACAGUGAGUGGCUAUGUUCAAUAUGAGCACCGCAAGAAGAGCCGCUGGUUUAAGUACAUCGCUAUUGGGGUUUUCAUCUGGCGCACCAGAACCAAACCUCGCCUCCGCAGAGCAAAGGCCCCUUUUCAUCGACGGUUUUUGAACUGGGUUGCUCCCCUUGACGUGAGACAGAACGUCUCACACCUCACAUCCUACUUCAAGGAUCGCGCUGUCUAUAUGGCUUUAUUAGCUCCAGCGACUCCAACAACGCCGCCGGAUGCUGCUGCCUCACACUGUGUGAUUGACAUCCCUCUCCAAGAUCUGAAGGAGGUUGCUCGCAUUGUGAGAGAGAAGGACUUGAAUGCACUGCGAGCACAGGGUGGUGUUGAUGGUGUUUCAAGACUUCUCAGGUCUCACUCUGAGGAUCAUGCUGGUGAUGGUGGUCAAUCUCCACAACUAGCAUGCAAGACUACAAAAUUCUUUCACUUUUUCUUGAAGGCUUGCAAUCAGUACACAAUCUUUUUCCUCUUCGUUUCAGCUGUUCUGCAAUUUGCUAUUGAGUUCAUGAAGCAAGGAGUCAAACAAGGGUGGCAUGACGGUGUUGCCAUACUUAUUACUGUACUCGUACUGGUUGCUUUCCCUUCAGCUGGGAAUUAUCGCAAAGAGAAGAAGAAGGUGAAGCAGUUGAUGGAAAGGAACAAAUCUCUGGUGAAUGUUGAGAAAAAUGGGGAAUCUAGAGCGGUUAUGGUUUCAAAUGUUUCGGUGGGAGACAUUGUUCAUUUGAAGAAGGGUGAUCAGGCUCCUGCUGAUGGCUUGUUCAUAGAUCAUGGUCUUGAAUUGGUCUUGGAUGAGGUAUUGAGCCCCACAAUUGAUUUUGAAAACAACCCAUUUGUGUUAUCUGGUUCAAAAGUUAUUGAGGGUCAGGGUCGAAUGGUUGUGACAUCUGUUGGUGUCAAUACAGCUUUUGCAGAAAUGCUGAGCUUGGUGAAUGAGGAUCACAAUCCAAAUGGGAAGACUCUAUUACAAGCUUUGUUGGACAAACCAUAUACUUAUAUGGAGUAUCUUGCCUGUUCUGUUUCAAUUCUGAUUGCUGUUGUGGUGCUAAUACGAUUACUAGUAUUCAGGAAGCAUGACAACUACAAUGACAGGCCAGACCUGAAAGGAGAAGUUUCAGUGAGCCUGCUGAUGAAUAUUUUCGAGAAGUUUUACUUGAAAACUCAAGGAAGGGUCUCUACUCUAGUAAGUGUUCUUGCUACUGUGGUAAUAGGGAUACAACAUGGAAUGCCUUUUGUGAUUUCCCUUGCACUUUGUCAAUGGAAGAAGAAGGUAAUCCAGAACCGGGCAGAUCCUCGGAACCCAUUAGCCUGUGUUACCUUGGGCCUCAUAACAGUCAUCUGCAUCGAAACAACUAGUGAGAAGUUGUGUAACCAGAUGGAGGUUAUAGACUUUUGGAUACGUGAAAAGGAUUUAGGCAAUGAAGUGGAGUCUGAUCAGACUGAAAAAUUUGCUCUGAAAGGAUUAUGUCAAGAGAUCUCUGCCACCGCAGCAAACGAUUCAUUCAUUUCUUCAAUCAAGAACAGAUGGGGUACUACUGACAUGGAGGUUUUGGAACAGCCAUUUGCAAUUCUGAAAGAGAGUAAGUUAAGCUCAACUGAGAAAUGCACUGCCAUUUUGGUGAGGAAAACUGGGAGUGAUGAACAAGACAUGCAGCUGCAUGUGAAUGGGGAUGCAUCAGCCAUCUUAGACAUGUGUUCACAUUACAUUUAUAAGACAGAGGAAAGCCCUAUUAUGGAAAACCAGAAGAGAGAGUUUAAGCAAAAGAUUAAGAGAAUGGAGGAGAAGGGUCUUAGACCAAUUGCAUAUGCUUACAAGAAAACAGAUGUUGAGGAAGUCACUGAAUACGGUUUCCAAUUGUUUGCAGUGGUGGGAGUGAAAUGUCCAUAUCAAGAAGAGCUGAAAAUGGCAGUGGAGGCUUUUAGAAAUGCUGGAAUAAGAAUCAAAUUGGUGUCCGAGGACGAGCUCUCAAUAGUGAAUGCUCGAGCUUCUGAUCUAGGAAUUUUUAACCCUGGUGAUGAGGCACUUAAAGGUGUUGAUUUCCGAAGACUGAACUCCAUGGAGAGGAUGAAUAGGGUGGAUUUGAUAUCUGUGAUGGGAAGUUCUCUCCCAAAGGACAAGCUUCUCAUGGUAGAGCGCCUAAAGAGAAAUGGUCACAUAGUGGCAUUCUAUGGAGGGCUAAAUGUAAACGAUACCCCGACUUUGAAAGAAGCUGAUGUUGGGAUCACAGAGAAUAUCUGGAGCACUGAAAAGGCUAGAGACAAUGCUGAUAUGAUAGUUAAAGAUGACUGCUUGUGGUUCCUCAAUUUGAAGUAUGCAAGAUGUGCUUACCACAAUAUUCAGAACUUCUGUCAAGUUCAGCUCACAUGUUGCAUAUCAGGGUUGCUAGUAACAUUAGUAGUAACAAUGCAUUCAGGGGACUCACCAUUGACCGCAAUUCACUUGAUUUGGGUGAACUUGAUAUCAUGUCUUCUAGGUGGCCUAAUGAUGGUAAUGGAGUUAAAAGGCCAGGAGCUACUUCCUCAAAGACCACUGGCGUCUAGGACUCAGCCACUCAUGACCAAUGCCAUAUGGAAAACCAUAAUCAUUCAAUUUCUAUACCAGGCUUCCAUCUUGCUGCUCUUACAUUUCAUGGGAGAUGCAAUACCGAGCAUGAACCAAGGCGUCCGGGGUACCAUGGUGUUCAACAUUUACACCUUGUGUCAGGUUCUUAAUCUGUUUAGGGCCAUGGACUUAGUGAACAAGGAAGUACUGAAUGUUGUUCUUCAGAGCUAUUGGUUUUUGAUGGCCUUUGGAGCUGUUAUGAUCAUGCAGGUGGUGAUUGUUGAGUUUGGGAAAGGACUAGCCAGUGGUGUGAGGUUGGAUGCAGUACAGUGGGCAUUUUGCCUCUUUCUUGCUGUUCUUUCAUGGCCAUUUCAUUGCGCCAUAAUUUCACAACUUUCUCACUUUCGAAGAGAAAACUUGUCACUUUCUCUUCCAAAUUUGAGGAUGUCAAGUAGAGGUAGACUUUGCAUCUGUGCUUCAUUGUUCCUCAUCUUCUCUGUAUCAUAUUGUUUCGAAGCAGAUGAAGCACAUAUAGGCACAACAUAGUAUUUAGGUUAGUUUCACAUGAAAUGGUAAACAAUCCAUAUAUGUGUUUUGGUUUCAUUGUAUUCCAUACCCUCUGCAUAAUUUGCACACUGUCAUUGUAAAUGUUAAUAUCUUCUUCUCAA